CUUGGUACUUAACAUGUGUUAACAUAUGUUAACAUAUGUUUCAUUAUAAUUAGUUUGAACCUGAGCAAAAAGAAACAUGGUUGUGCUUAAUUUCCUUUUUCUAUUUUUUGCAUGUGCCAAUGGGCUUAGCGAUUACCCAUUUCCAGACAACUUUUCAUUUGGAACGGGCAUUUCUGCUUACCAAACCGAAGGAGCAGAAUCGGAAUCAAACAAAGGCGAAACGAUUUGGGAUUAUGCUAUUAAACAAAACGCAUCCAUAAUAGAAGAUGGAACAAACGCAGAAAAUGCUGAUCUUACAUUUUACUCAUAUUUCGAUGAAGAUAUUGAUCAAAUGGUCAAAAUGAAUAUAAGUCAUUUUAAAUUAUCUAUAGCUUGGUCAAGGAUUUUUCCUGAAGGAGUAUUUAAGGACGAAAUAGAAGUUAUAACGGGAGUAGGUCACUACCAAACUCAAAUUAAAAAACUUUUAAAAAACAAUAUAACUCCCAUAGUAACCCUUUACCAUUGGGAUUUACCGGAAAUAAUUCAGGAAUGGGGAGGCUGGACCAACGCAAGUAACAUAGAUAUUUUUGUUGACUAUGCAAGAAAAAUUUUCCCUUAUUUGUUUAAUGUCAAUUAUUUUAUUACAUUUAACGAACCCAAGCAAAUCUGCAAAUCAGGAUAUGGUGAUGGAACGCUUGCUCCAUUUAUAAAAAAAUCGGGAGUAUUGGACUAUCAGUGUGCCUACAACGUACUUAAAGCUCAUGCGGCAGUGUACAGAAUGUAUCAAAAAGAGUUUGCAUCCAAAAUGAAUGCUAAAAUAUCGAUAGCUCUUGAUGGUUCUUGGUCUCAACCAAAAACAGAUUCAGAUGCAGAUAAAAAAGCUGCUGAACGAAGAAAUCAUUUUGAGUUUGGAUUAUAUGCUAACCCCAUUAUUAACGGUGAUUGGCCACAGGAAGUGAUUGACAGAGUGAAGGAAAGAAGUGAAAAGGAAAAACUAAAACAUUCACGUUUACCGGCAUUCACUAAGGAAGAAAAAGCAGAUAUAAAGGGUAGCAUCGACUUUAUGGCGCUCAAUUACUUCGAUACCCGGAUAGUCGCAGAUUCCAAAGAGGCUGACUACAAGACAUCUUCCUAUGCUAACGAUAUGAAAGUCGAAAUUAGUGCAAAUCCAGAUUGGCCGGUAGAUGCAGCUGGAAAUACGAUUGUACCGUCAGGAUUACGUAGCUUCCUAAAAUACAUUAAAGAAAACUACGGAGAUCCAGAAAUCCUAAUAACAGGAAAUGGGUUUGCUGAUGAUGGAACUACUCACGAUGGGGAUAGAGUUACACAUUUAUCGAAUUACCUAUCAAAUGUCGUUGAUGCUAUACAUGAGGACAAAGUUAAUGUUGUUGGAUACACGUACUGGAGUUUAUUAGAUAGUUUCGAGUGGACAAAGGGAUACAAGCCACACUACGGUCUAUAUUCGGUGAAUCUAAGUUGGGACAACGUUACAAGAAUCUCCAAGAGAUCAGUUAAAUACUAUAGUUUAGUAAUUUUAGAAAGGAAAGUUGUAAAUCCUGCAGAUCUUACAUCAACUACAUCAACUACAUCAACAACUACAUCAACAUCUACAGAAUCAACUGAAAUUACAUCAACAUCUACAGAAUCAACUGAAAUUACAUCAACAUCUACAGAACCAAGUGAAGUUACAACACCAGCACGAGGAGAUUGUAUUUUUAUGUCCACAGGAGUAAUAAUGUUUGCUCUAUUAUUACAAUUAUUAUAA